UAUCAUAAAGACUGUUACCAGCGGUGGUGAAUGUGAUAGAAUCAUCCAUCCUACGAAGUGAAACAGUUAUAGUGUUAUUUGAUAGUAAAUCCAGGAGAAAUUAACAAAGGAAAUUGUUGUAUCAGACAUACAUAGGAAGUAACGUAUGUUCUUCCCACAGAGGUGUAAGACAAUGUCUGGCUCCAGACUGUGUCUGCUUGUCUUCCUAUUUCUGUCUUUCGCCAAUGGUAAGUUUUUUCUGGGAUAAUUGUAGUUUUUUUUUUGGUGUUUUUUUUAGACAUGACAUAGGAUUAAACGCAUUUAGUUGUAUGUAUGUGAAUUAAUUAUACAGGCUAUGGGCUACCUGAUUGCAUAGCGUACCUUUUACCUGAAAACUAAGCAUACAGGCUACGGGCUACCUGAUUGCAUAGCGUACCUUUUACCUGAAAACGAAGCAUACAGGCUACGGGCUACCUGAUUGCAUAGCGUACCUUUUACCUGAAAACGAAGCAUACAGGCUACGGGCUACCUGAGUGCAUAGCGUACCUUUUACCUGAAAACAAAAGCAUACAGGCUACUUUUUAUUCUGAUCUCUAAUUCAAAUGACCUAAAAAUUCAAGUCUACUAGCUGUAGCUUUGUAGAAGGUUUUUGUCCCUGUGCUAAAUGAAUGAAAAUACUUUUAAGCUGUUGAGAAUAAAUUGUAUAGUAACUCAGAGGAGAGCAUGCACUAACAGGCAACAGUAGAACAUUUAGUAUAAUAUAGUACAACAAUACGCAUAGUUUAGUACAUCAGUAUGUAUAGUUUAGUACAGCAGUAUGUAUAGUUUAGUACAGCAGUAUGUAUAUUGUAGUACAACAUUAUGUAUAAAUUAGUACAGCAUUAUGCAUAUUGUAGUACAAGACUAUGUAUAGUUUAGUACAACAUUGAGUAUAUAAUAAUACAACGUUAUUUUAUAGUACAAUAUUACGAUUAUUAUAAUACAACAUUAAGCAUGUUAUAGUACAACAUUGUGCGUCUUUUAGUACAAGUCCUAAGCACGUGAAGAUGACCAAGGCAAGAUUCGACUCGAUUAAGAUCAUUACUUGAGUUGUGUUUUGUUUGAAGUGAGUGAGGGCUGCUCUAUUCGUCAGCCUCACUCCAACGUCCUUUCCUGUUUCAUAUCAUGGCAACACUCAGUGCAGACUUCACCACGGGGAUAGAUUUCAGAUUUGAAAUGGGUUUGAUCCAAGGUAAAUCAGUCCUACCCACCCUGGGUGCGUUCAACGAUUUACAUCCACUCGGGGUGUGGUUAGUGAAUCCCAUCCACAUGGGGUGUGGUUAACGAGUCCCAUCCACAUGGGGUGUGGUUAGCGAAUCCCAUCCACAUGGGGUGUGGUUAACGAGUCACAUCCACAUGGGGUGUGGUUAACGAGUCCCAUCCACAUGGGGUGUGGUUAACGAAUCCCAUCCACAUGGGGUGUGGUUAACGAAUCCCAUCCACAUGGGGUGUGGUUAACGAAUCCCAUCCACAUGAGGUGUGGUUAGCGAAUCCCAUCCACAUGGGGUGUGAUUAACGAGUCCCAUCCACAUGGGGAGUGUGGUUAGCGAGUCCCAUCCACAUGGGGUGUGGUUAACGAGUCCCAUCCACGUGGGGUGUUGUUAGCGAGUCCCAGCCACAUGGGGUGUGGUUAACGAAUCCCAUCCACAUGGGGUGUGGUUAACGAAUCCCAUCCACAUGGGGUGUGGUUAACGAAUCCCAUCCACAUGGGGUGUGGUUAGCGAAUCCCAUCCACAUGGGGUGUGAUUAACGAGUCCCAUCCACAUGGGGUGUGGUUAACGAGUCUCAUCCACAUGGGGUGUGUUUAACGAGUCCCAUCCACAUGGGGUGUGGUUAACGAGUCUCAUCCACAUGGGUGGGGCGUGGUUAACGAGUCCCAUUCACAUGGGGUGUGAUUAAGGAGUCCCAUCCACAUGGGUGGGGUGUGGUUAACGAGUCCCAUCCACAUGGGGUGUGGUUAACGAGUCCCAUCCACAUGAGGUGUGGUUAACGAGUCCCAUCCACAUCGAAUGGGAUUUUGCUGUGGAUUAAACUACAAUAUACAAACUUGGGUCUGACUCACUUAGACCACUCGACCACACUGCACACCACACACUAAAGUACCAUAUGAUGCGUCGACGUGCAUUGGAAAGUACUGUUAUAAGUGACUACAGGAAACUUAUACACACACUUGCAGGCUCCAGUUACACAAAUGAUAUUACAUUGUAUCGAAGCACUUUAAACAUUUCCAGCUAUAAUCUGCCACUGAAUUCACAGAUUGAUUUUCAAAAUGUCUUCGUAUUACCCGUGUCAACUUAUUUGAGAGCAGGGAUGGCAUAGUUUCAGCUGACUUAUUUAACAUCAUAGAGUUGGAUUAUCCCAUGACAUAAAUCAUUAGCCCGCACUCCCCAAAGUCUUUAUUCCAAAGAUGCACUCUGAUCAAGACAAUACCUCAUGUGUUGGAGGACAUUGAAAUGAAAGCUUUCUUAGCGAGAGGAGAGAAAAAAUGCGUGCACUCUUAGCUGUAAUGUAUGCUAAGUCAUUUCUUAUGACAUUGUUUAUCUCUUGUGUUCGAUGGCGAAGAUUCAAACACGAAUUUAAUACUCAGAUAUACUUAUAUUUUGGUAGUAACUUUAGAAUCUUAAAAAAAACAACAAAAAACAAAAAAAACAAUGGAUCAUCAAAUAACUGGGGCAUAGCUAGAAUAAUGAAAUGAUACGCUACAAGGAUGGCUUUAAAACAAGUUGACAGAGACAAGUCUGUGUUAAGUCAAGCAAAAGGACACAAGUCUGUGUUAUUUCGAGUAGACAGAUGCAAGUAUGAUUUAAAACAAACAGUUGAAACAAAAUUCAAUUUAAAUUUUUUGAAUUUAUUAAAUUUGUAAUUUCGUUAUUCGAUUAAAUCGGCAUGGUUUUUGAUUUUUAUUUAAAAUUAAAUCUAGAAGAAAUCGUAGAAUUUCUACCAAAAAAAAUGUAUUACAUAUAAAAAUGUUCCAAAUACAUAUUUAACGCAUAAAUAGAUCAAGAAUAAAUAGAUCCAGAAUAAAUAGAUCCAGAAUAAAUAGAUCCAAAUUAUCUGCCAAAUAAAUCGACAUAAUUAGUGAGCCACAAAAUUAAAUAGAUAUCAAAACAAUUAUGGUGAUGAGUGAUACAGGCAUACAUUUUUUUUUCAAAAGCAUAAAGGGUUCGAGCGACUCUUGCACGGGUCGACUAAGAUAAGGGUUCGAGCGACUCUUGCACGGGUCGACUAAGAUAAGGGUUCGAGCGACUCUUGCACGGGUCGACUAAGAUAAGGGUUCGAGUGACUCUUGCACGGGUCGACUAAGAUAAGGGUUCGAGCGACUCUUGCACGGGUCGACUAAGAUUCUUGGACAACACACAUUUUUUAAAUGCAUGACGAACUGUAUUAAAAGGUUGCGGCAUUAGGAUGUUUGAGAACCACUGGUCUAAACAGACGACAGUCGCCCUUUCUGGUUUAGAACCUCAAUCGAACUGCAAAGAUUAAUUACGACUAAGCUGUGUAAGAAAGUUAAUCACCUUAGCUUACGGUUAAGCCUUGAUAAACGGAUUGCCCGAAAACUAAACCACGAGGCACGGAGGAUGACGUCAUUAAACGAAAGUUGUUAAAAGCUAAUUGCAUUUUAGAGCUUGGUGGCUAGAGAGAUUAACAUCAUGGAUGUUACACAAUACACUAAGGGAUAAUAUACUCAGUCAAACAUCAGGAUGUUUAGUAGCUAAAUCCCGUUACCGAUGUUAUUGUCUCAACUGCAUUGCAUUUAUCAUAUUAUAAUACUUUAUUAUUCAGUAUGCUUAAGGAAACUUUUAGCAUUGACACAGUCGCAUUAAGAGACUUUGUUUAUUAGGAGACUUUCUUCAUUAACAGACUUCCUUCAUAAAGAGACUUUCUUCAUUAGCAGACUUUCUUCAUAACAGACUUUCUUUAUUUAGAGACAUUCUUCAUUAAGAGACUUUCUUCAUUAAGACACUAUCUUCAUUAAGAGACUUUCUUCAUUAAGAGACCUUCUUUAUUACGAAACUUUCUUCAUUAAAAGACAUUCUUCAACAAGAUACUUUCUUCAUUAAGAGACUUUCUUUAAAAAGAGAUUUUUGUUUAUUGUGAGACUUUCUUCAUCGAAAGACUGUCUUCAUUUAGAGACUUUCUUUAUUAAGAGACUUUCUUUAUUAAGAGACUUUCUUCAUUAAGAAGCUUUCUUCAUUAAGAGACCUUCUUUAUUAUGAGACUUUCUUCAUUAAAAGAAAUUCUUCAUUAAGAUACGUUCUUCAUUUAGAGACUUUCUUUAUUACGAAACUUUCUUCAUUGAAAGAUUGUCUUCAUUUAGAGACUUUCUUUAUUAAGAGAUUUUCUUCGUUAAGAGACUUCAUUCAUUAAGAGCCUUUCUUCAUUGCAGUAAUGAAUUUAAAUACGUUACCGACCAAAUUGGAGUAGUCCUCAUUUUAUAGAAAGUAGAUCACCAACGACCUCAUCAAUGUAACAUCCUUUUCCAUAAAACAAUUUUAAACACCUAGAAAAUACAUUUUGUAGCAUAAUACACGAAUUUAAUUUUAACCUUAAGACAUAUUAAGAUCGAUGAUUCAAAACGUAACUGGUUAUGAACUUUUGAAAUUGGUGGUUGAAUUUAUGUUGACGAUAACCUUAUGUCAGUCAACAUUUCAGAGGUCUUUUGGGUUGUUGUUUAUUUUAAAAAUUGCGCUUCUUUUCACUCGCAUUUAAAACUAAAUGUAAAAUUUAUGAUAUUUUUUUCAUUGAUGAAUUAUGCGAAAGGAAAUAUUACCCCCUUAAUGAGAUUAGAAAAAUCCUCAUACUCUUUUUUUAAUGAUUUUUAAAGACCUCAUACUAGUUGUUUAAUAAGUAGUUGUUUUUUUUGUUUUUUUUUUUGUUUUUUUUUUUUGAUAAAAUACAUUAUACUAGAUUUUUAAUGGAUUUUUUAAAAAAAAAAUUUGUUUUUUUUAUUUUUUUUUAUUUUUUUUUUUUUUUUUUUUUAAUAAUUUUUUUUUUUUUUUUUUUUUUUUUUUUUUUUUUUUUUUGAUAAAAUACAUUAUACUAGAUUUUUAAUGGAUUUUUUAAAAAAAAAUAUAUCAUACUUGUUGUUUAAUAAGGAUAAUAAAUGAAUGACUGCGUUCAAGCUGUGCAAAUGAAACAAUAUAACAAGGUACGUGGAAGCUUGAAUCAAAGGACUGGAAAGUAGGAUGGGAACGUUUUCGGCUAACAGCCUUCCUCAGCAACCAAAAUGCUCUGUUUCUUGUCAUAUUUCCUUCUUAUUUUAAUGUUUCAAACUACCAUCUCACAUGACGUUAACCAACAUGGGUAAUUAUUGAUAAUUUUUUCUGCACUAGUAACGUGACGUUAAAAAAAAAUUAUGUCAUGUUGUGGGCGAGAAUAUCUGUUUAUGCUACCUGUUGGAAUUAUUUACAUUUCGGACAAUUUUUUGAAGAUCCCUCGAAAUCCAAAAAAGUAUUUUAACGUAGGUUGAUGAGUUGACGCGUAAAGCAACCAAACAGUUUGAAAACAGGAUUACUAUUUAAUUAUUUUUUUUAAAACUAAAUUCUCUGGGCAAAGUAAACGAAAAAAAAAAACCUGAAAAAAACAACAAAUUUUUCAAUCUAAAUGCAAACGAACGCCUCCUACAAAACGAAAACUCAACAAUGGAGGGUCAGCUGCCUUAGUUUGACAGUUUGGACAUAUUUCCACACCAGAACAGCCCUAAAGAUACCGUAAACCCAUUGAAAAGAAGUGUUUACCGUACGGAUUAAAGAACACUUUUAAUGGGGGACAAAUAUUGACUCUAUUUCGUAAGGUUAAAAAAAUGAUUUUACUGUACAGGAAUUUUUUUUAAAAAAUGGGGGGGGGGGGAUUGAAGAAAGUGUAAAUACGUAGCAGAAUGUCGAGUAUUGCUUGGAGGUGGCAACAUGUGCAAUUUAUUUCGUAAGGUUAAAAAAAUGUUUUUACUGUACAGGAAUUUUUUUUAAAAAAUGGGGGGGGGGGAUUGAAGAAAGUGUAAAUACGUAGCAGAAUGUCGAGUAUUGCUUGGAGGUGGCAACAUGUGCAGAAAAAGUAGGGGUUCUCGACUUCUUCUUAAUAAGGCUUAAAGAUCUGUGAGACCCCAUAUGCUCUGUCCAGAUGCUAGAAUGCAGUGGCGUAGCGAGGGUGUUUGGCGCCCGGGGACAAGAUUCGCGCCCGGGGACAAGAUCCAUUUUUAGCGCCCCUUUAUCUUUUUUUCAACUCUAAAACCCAUUAUUUUCAUCAAUAAAAUAAUAUCAAAGCACAUUUUGGCGCCCCUAACUAGCUGGCGCCCGGGGACAUCUGCCCCCGUGCCCCCACCACGCUAUGCCUCUGCUAGACUGACUAUACCGUAUCCAGAUGUGAGACCGACUAUACUCUAAGUCAGUGGUUCUCAACCUUCCUAAUUCCGCAACUUUGUUAUAAAGUUCAUGAUGUUGUGGUGAUCCCCAACCAUAAAAUGAUUGUAGUAGCCUCUUCAUAAAUAUGGGUUUUCCGGUGACCUUAGGAAGCCCCUCUGUCAGGUACUAAGAACAGCUAAAGCUAUCAAAUUAGUGAGACAAGCUAUAAUCUGUGUAAGUUGUAAGACAAGCUGUAAUCUGCGUAAGUUGUAAGACAAGCUAUAAUCUGUCUAAGACCCGAUAUCAUAUGUCUGAUGUAAUGAGACCCUCUAAAAUAUGUCUAAAAAGUGAGACCAUCUAAAGAGUGAGACCAUCUAAAGAGUGAGACCAUCUAAAGAGUGAGCCCAUCUAAAGAGUGAGACCAUCUAAAGAGUGAGACCAUCUAUAAGUAGGCGCCUGUAAAAAGCCCGCCCCUUGUAUUUUCUGAUUAUUUAAUCCCUUUCUUGUUUAAAUUUAAAUAAGACGGAGAUCACAGUAUAAAUUAAUUUUUUUUUUCUUUUUAAAUGCAAACUGAAUAUCAAAUUAAUAUAUAUCCGCACUGUGUCAUUAUUGCUUAGUUCCUUAACAAUUCCCUAAACAUUCCCUAUCAAUUUCCUAACAUUUCCUAACAAUUCCCUAACAAUUUCAUAACAUUUCCUAACAAUUCCCUAACAUUUCCUCACAAUUCCCAUACAAUUUAAUAAAUUCUAUAACGAUUCCCUAAAUUGAUGGCGUCAAAAUUAAAUGUCAAUUACCUUAAGUCCCCUUUUUUUACAUUUUAUUUUAUUUUUGAAGUGAGCAUUUAAUUUCAAACUUUAAAACGAACGAAAUUUAGAGUUGGCAUAAAAUAAACAAUUUUAGAGCUGGCAUAAAACACAUAAUUUUAUAUCCGUUGUCUGUUUUAUCUAAUAUCUUUCACUUCUCUAAUAGCAGAUAAACUUUUUCGAGUGCAUUAUGCGCCUCUUACCACUAAAAAAUUAGAUCCACUGGCAGUGGAUAUUCUAAGCCUGGAUAUUGACUGCCUAAGCCGGAUUAAGUUUUCACACAAGAUUCCCUCUGGGCAAACGCUUAAGUUAUAGUUGUGGCUUUUAUAGCAAACACAUAACUCCAGCAAGUUGAUACAUAACAAAUACAUAACACACAAAAUUUGAAAUAUAAACAAAUCAUAACUCAAGCAAGUUGAUGUAUGACAAAUUCAUAACUCAAAGAAAUUCAUAAUUCAAGUAAGUAGAUACAUAACAAACUCUAGCUCAAACAAAUUGAUUUAUAACAAAUGCGUAGCACAAGCUAAUUGAUUUAUAACAAAUACGUAGCACAAGCUAAUUGAUUUAUAACAAAUACGUAGCACAAGCUAAUUGAUUUAUAACAAAUACGUAGCACAAGCUAAUUGAAGUAUAACAAAUACGUAGCACAAGCUAAUUGAUUUAUAACAAAUACGUAGCACAAGCUAAUUGAUUUAUAACAAAUACGUAGCACAAGCUAAUUGAUUUAUAACAAAUACGUAGCACAAGCUAAUUGAUUUAUAACAAAUACGUAGCACAAGCUAAUUGAUUUAUAACAAAUACGUAGCACAAGCUAAUUGAUUUAUAACAAAUACGUAGCACAAGCUAAUUGAUUUAUAACAAAUACGUAGCACAAGCUAAUUGAAGUAUAUAAGCAGCGCCGGUCUUUAGGGUGUGCGACCGUAUGCCUUCCCACCGGGCGCCAUGGCCAUAGGGGCGCCUGGGGCACCCAGUAAAUAUUUAAAUCCCUUAGUUUAUUAUAGUUAAGUGUUACGUACUGUUGAAAAACUAAACAUAUAACUUUAAUGUCCAUGUUAAAAUGUGUAUGGUUAGAUGAAUGUAUAGAAUCAUAACACGUGCUCCAUAGUAUGGUUAGCUACAUGUAUAGCUUCAUAACACGUGAUCCAUAGUAUGGUUAGCUACAUGUAUAGCAUCCUAACACGUGCUCCAUAGUAUGGUUAGCUACAUGUAUAGCAUCCUAACACGUGCUCCAUAGUAUGGUUAGCUACAUGUAUAGCAUCCUAACACGUGGUCCAUAGUAAGGUUAGCUACACGUAUAGCAUAAUAACAUGUGCUCCAUAGUAUGGUUAGCUACAUGUAUAGCAUCAUAACACGUGAUCCAUAGUAAGGUUAGCUACACGUAUAGCAUCCUAACACGUGCUCCAUAGUAUGGUUAGCUACAUGUAUAGCAUCAUAACACGUGAUCCAUAGUGUGGUUAGCUACAUGUAAAGCAUCCUAACACGUGAUCCAUAGCCUACGUCGUAAUUGCAAAAAAGAGGGGGUGCCUCACACCGACAGGGAAAGGGGCGCCGAACGCGUGCUCGCACAGGGCGGAAAGUUUACCUAAUGCCGGCGUUGAUAUAAAAAACAAAGCUCAAACAAUUUGAUGUAUAGAAAAUUUGAACGGCAUAAUUGUUAAUCUGUUUCUGGGAAACUGUGACCAUAAUUUGAGACGCAAAAUCUGUUUCAAAUUGAGCUGGUCUCCUAUCACCUUUCCUGUAAAUCUAACUGCCAUCUGUUGAAAAUGGAAAAUUAACUAGUAUUAAUAUAAAUGAUCAGCUGAAGUGAUUCGAUUAUGAAUUCUUGGAAUCGGUUACCUGAGUAAAAGCGAUACCAUUGAAAUAAGGUUUAAAUUUAAUAAUCAAAUUUUAGAGAAAAAAAAUGAACCGAUUCUUCCAACAUUCCAUUUCAUCAACUUGCCAGAGGCAAAACAUUGAAUCUACAACUUGAUUUUUACUUUAUUCCCAUAGAUCAGGGGGGAAGGGGGAGGGGGUUAUUGGUAUAAAAAAUAGAAUAUUUUAGAGCCCUGACCAUCUGUGCAUUUUAUAAAUAGUUAUUUAUAAUUAUGUAUUGAUCUGUGUUCCUUUAUAUUGAUAGCCUUUUUUAAAAAAAAAAAUUCAAAAUGAGAUAUGCGAUAAUGUGAAAAUCUUAUGUGGAUUUUAAACAGACUGUGAAUAAUUGUUCAUUUAAGUUGUUUCUUUAUGAAGAAAUAUUUAAACAUAACUUCCAGGAAGACAUUGGUCCGUGCAUUGAUUGGUGGUCAUUUUGUUUGUCAAAUGAGAACAACAUGAACCGGAAGUGAACUCACCGGCAAUUUGAAAGACGUCAUGCCGCGUUGAAGGGUUAUCCCUGUGAAGAUCAAGGUCAUCUCACCCCCCCCCCCCUCCUUAAUAUUGACCCAUGGUGUUCAGAAGCAGGGAGGAUACACGUCACCAAACUGGAUCACAGCGUGGCAACCAGAUUGGUGGUCUAUUUGUUUGUCAAAUGAGAACAACAUGAACCGGAAGGUAACUCACCGGCAAUUUGAAAGACGUCAUGCCGCGUUGAAGGGUUAUCCCUGUGAAGAUCAAGGUCAUCUCACCCCCCCCCCCUCCUUAAUAUUGACCCAUGGUGUUCAGAAGCAGGGAGGAUACACGUCACCAAACUGGAUCACAGCGUGGCAACCAUGACGUCACCGAACUGGAUCACAGCGUGGCAACCAUGACGUCACCGAACUGGAUCACAGCGUGGCAACCAUGACGUCACCAGCCGGAGCACACUAGACACGAAAUUAUCCGAGCUUACCGAAAUACUGAGACCUGAUAAUAAGACUGAUACUUUGGUGAUAAGACUAAGACUUGGUGUUUGGCUGCAGGACGUACUAAAGUAAUCAAAAAGGUGCUGCAUUUCAGUUCUGAGCAAGCUUUCAAUUCCCAAUCAUUGAGCGAGCUUUGAGGUUGCAGUCAUUGAGAAAGCAUUCAGUUCAAGGUCAUUAAGCAAGCAUUCAUUUCAAGGUCAUUAAGCAAGCAUUUAGGCCACAGCCAUUAAUAUAGCCUUCAGGUCACAGUCAUUGAGCAAGCAUUCAGGACACAGUCAUCCAUUAUUAAAUUUCCUUGAUGACAGCUUCUUUGACAUUCGAAAUGACCAGCAGUGUCUUAAGUUUGUGCACUGCACAGUCUUUCCGAUAUCUUAUAGGAUAGGCAUGAUUAUUAUUUAAAAAAAAAAUCAUCAGUCAGCAUGUCUUACAGUGGCCAAUAGGACAAUGACGUCAUAUCAAUUAAUGCAAAAAACUUUUUAAAAAAGCCUCUAACUCAUCUCCCGAACAAAUAACACUGGCCAUAAUAACAUCUUGGAAAUGUAGUUGUUGAAUACAGUACGGAAUCAGACAAAAUGUUUAUUAUCUCUCAAAGACGACCCCCGAUGACUGAAGAAGAUGAAAAAAAAAUUGAUCAACUGUAGCUGACGUGGAGCGAAUAUAAAUGUCCUCAGUGACCCCUUCUUAACGCAAUCAACAUGGUGUUUUUAGGAGGUAGCCCAUAUUCGAAGUGUUCGCCUCUGUUUUCGAGCAGUGGUAGUCAGUAGGCUACUGGUAUACACUGUCUGUGGCAGUGAGUGUGAUAUUGGUAUAGCAUGUCUGUGGUAGUGAGUAUGCUAUUGGUAUACAAUGUCUGUGGCAGUGAGUGUGAUACUGGUAUACAAUUUCUGUGGCAGUGAGUACGAUAUUGGUAUAACAUGUCUGUGGUAGUGAGUAUGCAAUUGUUAUACAGAGUCUGUGUUAGUGAAACAUACCAACAUUCUAUUUAAAGUGCAAAGUACAUUUUUAAGGAUGAGAAUUAUCAUGACCAAUAUCUGCUGACGUCACUGAUAUUACAUGGAGACAAAAAAUGGGUCACCUUUUCUAAAUUGUUCAAACAGUUAUUUUAGGAAGUAAUCCGUGAACUUUUAAGCCUAUUUUUUGGUAAGUCGGGUUAGCUUAACAAUUUUCAACGUACUAGUGGUACGACUCUCGGUUUUAAAUGUACUUAAGUGAUUGUAAGAGUGCGACAAGACCAGUCAAUCUUGAGCUGUAAUCAAUGGCAAUACACACAAACAAGGUGGCUAACCAGGCUUGAGUUCAUCAAUAAUACCCAAUACCCUGGCCACGACAGAGAAGUCGAAGCUUCUAGGCUGUUCUCCGAUGGCAAAAUUCAGAUACGAAAUGUGGUGUAAUAAGAGAUUUGUGUUGAGGCAGGCUCCAUUAAGACAAACCGGUUUCAAUUUAAUGAAUGUGAUUUGAUAUUAUCAAAACGAUAAUGCAAUAAGCCUAAAGCUAAAUUAAAGGCAAACAAAUCUGAGAAAUAAUGUUUUAAACAUUUGCACAGCACAUUUUUCAACAUUUGUAGUUUUAUGAUAAAAAAAUUGGUAAACUUUUGAUCGUCAAAUUAAAGAAACUGAUUUGAUACACCAUAGGUCUAACUUGGGCCACACUCUAACAACGCUAACCACACUCACCACACUAACCACACUAACAACACUAACCACUCUAACCACUCUUACCACACCAACCACAUUAAACAUACUAACCACUCUAAUAACACUAACCAAAAAAAGUACAACAACAGGCCACACAUGGACUCCACAUAACCACAUUGAACAUACCAUACCUGGUUCCACACAAACCACACUAACCAAAUUAACCACACUAACCACACCCACCACAUUAACCGCAUUAAACAAACCGUUAAAUUAUGAACUUUACUCUUAAAGUGAACUGGUGUUUCAAAUUGUGUCACCUUCUGCACAUGGUGCAUUUUGAAGGGCUCCGCACCAGUGUCUGGAAGUGACUGGGGGCGGGGGGGGAUCUCAAUCUUGUCACCAGGCUGAAAGUCUCUUGGCCAACGUAUUAAGAUCUCCUCUAUACGCUAGCGAGACGUGGACAGUGCACAGCAGACAUGCUAGUGAACUAAGCCAUCUCCACCUACGCUGACAAGAUAAACUUCUUGGCAUAAGAUGGCAUUCUGUUAUAAUAUAUAGAGACAUACUAUUUAGAGUUCAAAUAACACAUCUAUAUUAACAUGUACAUUUACCCACUGUUCCAGGAGCCGGUGCAGUAGAAUGCUACUGGUGCAGUGGUGUGGGCAAAGACAGACAGUGUGAACUGUCCCCGCGGAAUGUCAGUACUGGACCAGUCAGCAUCAAGUGCAGCAUGCGAUAUUGCAUCUCCACCAAGGUCAUGGACGGAG